AUGGAAGAUCUGCAAUUCGACCCCGUUUUCCAAGAGGCAAAAACCCCAAUUUCUUUGGUUCCUGAUUCCGACAGAGUUCAACAGCCAAACCCAGAUCUCAAAGAUUCUUCCUUGGGCGAGGUUGAUGAGUCUUUGGUGGAGUCGAUGCUUUGUGACUCGGGUUCAAGACUAAUCCCUUCCGGAUUAUCAAGAUCCAACUCUACAGCAGACGAAUAUGUGAUGUUUGUGAAUGCUGGAGGUGAUGCUUCAAAUGAAACAGAUUCUAGUGUGAAGUUUCUCGCUGACACUUACUUUGAGGGAGGGAAUGUUUUACGAACCAAUGAACAUAUAAAUGAUGGGGGGGAUUAUCCAUUCAUCUAUCAGUCAGCCCGAGUAGGGAACUUCUACUACCGUUUCAAUUGUCUUCCUCCUGGAUACUAUUAUGUUGAUAUUCAUUUCACUGAAAUCAUAAACACAAAUGGGCCUAAAGGAAUGAGGGUAUUUAAUGUAUUCAUCCAGGAAGAAAAGGUCCUAUCAGACUUCGAUAUCUUUUCGGUUGUUGGAGCCAAUAAGCCCUUACAAUUAGUUGAUUCAAGGGUCUCUGUGAAGGAGGAUGGAGUAGUUGUGAUAAGAUUUGAAGGGGUUAAUGGAAGCCCAGUAGUUAGUGGAAUCGGAAUUAGGAGAGCACCAAAUGUUUCAGUUCCAAAGCUGGUGGUGGAUCACUUUAAAUGUAACAACUGUGAUGCUGAAAUAGAAGUUCCUUCAGCUCAGAUGAAAUUAAUGCAAACAAAGUCCACUGCCAAAUAUGAGAAGAAGAUACAAGAGCUCACCACUCAGUGCCAACUUAAAACAAAAGAAUGCUAUGAGGCAUGGAUGUCUUUGACUGCAGCAAAUGAGGAGCUGGACAAGGUCAUGAUGGAUUUUGACAACGUGACAUUUAGGACACUGUCUCAAGAUCAAACCAUUCAGAAACAAGCUGAAGAUAUAAAGAGCAUUUCUAGUAGGUAUGAGCGUGACAAGAAGUACUGGACAAUAGCAGUCAAUGACUUACAAGAAAAGAUUAAGCUGAUGCAUGAGGAGCAUUUGCAUCUUUCUCGCGAAGCACAUGAAUGUGCAGAUUCAAUUCCCGAGUUGAAUAAAAUGAUUUUUGCAGUUCAAGCAUUGGUUGCGGAGUGUGAAGAUCUUAAAGUGAAGUACAACGAAGAGCAAGCUAAGAGAAAAAAGCUCUUUAAUGAGGUUCAGGAGGCUAAAGGGAAUAUCAGGGUAUUUUGCCGCUGCCGCCCAUUAAGUAAGGAGGAGAUGGCAGCUGGGUGUAAAACAGUUGUAGACUUUGAGGCAGCAAAGGAUGGAUGUCUUGGAUUCCUGACAGGAGGCUCCACUAAAAGGUCUUUUAAAUUUGAUCGAGUGUACACACCGAAAGAUGAUCAAGUGGAUGUUUUUGUGGAUGCUUCCCCCAUGGUGGUUUCAGUUCUAGAUGGUUACAAUGUAUGUAUAUUUGCUUAUGGACAAACAGGGACAGGAAAGACAUUCACAAUGGAGGGCACUGAACAGAAUAGGGGAGUCAAUUAUAGGACUCUAGAGCAGUUGUUUGAAAUUGCAAAGGAACGAAGUGAAACGUUUUCAUACGGCAUAUCUGUUAGCGUACUUGAAGUUUACAAUGAGCAGAUUAGGGACUUGUUAGCUACAGCACCAUCUUCAAAGAGGUUGGAGAUAAAACAGGCUUCUGAAGGGUGUCAUCACGUUCCAGGGAUAGUAGAAGCCAAAGUUGAAAAUAUUAAGGAAGUGUGGAGUGUACUGCAGGCUGGAAGCAAUGCUAGAGCUAUAGGAAGUAAUAAUGUUAAUGAGCACAGCAGCCGAUCUCAUUGCUUGCUUUCCAUAAUGGUAAGAUCAAAGAACUUGAUAAAUGGAGAGUGCACCAAGAGCAAGCUUUGGUUAGUGGAUUUGGCAGGCAGCGAGAGGCUUGCAAAAACUGAUGUACAAGGGGAGCGACUAAAGGAAGCUCAAAAUAUCAAUAGAUCCCUUUCAGCUCUUGGUGAUGUGAUAUCUGCUCUUGCAAAUAAAAGUAGUCACAUUCCUUACAGGAACUCUAAGUUGACACAUCUACUUCAAGAUUCAUUAGGAGGUGACUCUAAAACUUUGAUGUUUGUGCAAAUAAGCCCUUCAGACCAGGAUUUGGGUGAGACUCUGAGUUCUUUAAAUUUUGCAACAAGGGUUCGGGGAAUUGAGUUGGGUCCUGCGAAGAAGCAAGUUGACACAAGUGAGCUCCAGAAAACAAAAGUCAUGCUUGAAAAGGCAAGGCAGGAAGCAAGAUCCAAAGAUGAAUCUCUGAGGAAGCUAGAAGAGAGCUUACAAAACUUGGAGAGUAAGACCAAAGGGAAAGAUCAAAUCUACAAAAACCAACAAGAAAAGAUCAAAGAACUUGAAGGGACACUUGAAUUGAAGACAGCCUUGCACAGCCAGUUAGAGAAGCAAGUUUCGCAACUUUCAGAUAGACUGAGGGGGAAGGAAGAAAUCUGCUGCAGUCUCCAACAAAAGGUCAAAGAGUUGGAGGUUGAGCUCAGAGAAAGACACAAGUCAGACUCAGAAUAUGCAUCUUUGCAACAAAAGGUUAAGGAUCUUGAAAACCAACUGAAAGAUCAAAUGCAAGAGUCUGAGUUUCAAUCCACCAUUCUUCAACACAAGGUAAAGGAGCUCGAGAUAAAACUAAAAGACCAGGAACAAAAAUCAGACUCCUCCGCACUUCAUCAAAAGGUAAAGGAGCUCGAGAUAAAACUGAAAGACCAGGAACAAAAAUCAGACUCCUCCGCACUUCAUCAAAAGAUUAAGGAACUUCAAGACAAGUUGAGGGAGCAAGAGAAACAAUCUGAGUUUGCUGAUGCAAUAAGGGCCACUCCUAAUGAAGGAAAGACCUGCAUAAGAGAUGAAAUCAUGAAUGAUGCUGAGGCUUGCAUCUUAAGGAGUUCGAAUUCACUAAAUCGUCCAAUGAGUCAAGGGUCUAUAUCACUAAGAGGGAAUGAUUCUGUCCGUGAGACGAGAAGGAAAAGAGAGUUUAAAAGUGGUGAGACGGAGAACAUCAUUAGGCUACCAAAUUCUUUUAAUGAUAACAAAGUUAGGAAAUCCGACCCGCCGAAGAUUGCAAGAAUUACAAGAACAGCAAAGCCAGCCACUGCUACUCAAGGGCCAUCGGUUAAUAGGAGGUUUAGCAGAGAUCAGAUUCAACUUAAGGAGAGGGAUACUGCGAAGAAAAUCUGGUCAAGAUAG